AUGAACUGCAAGCAUUGUUCUAAACAGAUAAUAGACUUCGGUAUUUAUGAAACACUUUUCAACAGAAAAAGUCCAGAGACAUGCAGCGGGCCGUGCUCAUCUGUUCUUGAUGGCAAGUACAUGCCCAGAAUGCAUACAGACCCAGAUCUAAUCAAAAGUCCCCAGACUUCAACCGAAGCUCCAGAAAACAAAAGCAACAAAAGACAACUAUGGAUGGAAAAUGAACCAUUCAUGGUAAAGUUAUCUGUGUUUGAAUCUUUGGGCAACACAAACGGGCAUGAUGUGGCAGAUACCUGUAGACCAAGUAAAUUAAACGACUUCCAAAAGGAAAAGCUGGAAAGAAUAUGUAAAAGUAAGGUAAAUAGCCAGCUUAAACACCAAACAGAGACAUUUAUGAAUUAUGAUUUCAGGAAAAAUUCUAAGACUGGCGAGUAUGAGAUUGAUGAAUGUAGCAGUAAACAAAUCAAAAGCAAAGCCGAUAGUUUACUCAAAAAUGGGGAAACUAGCACUGUAAAAUUAAUAAUCCAGCAGCUUGAAGAAAAUUGCAAUAAAAAAGACGACAAGAAAAACGAGUGCAAAAUUAUUGGGAAUAAAUCAGUGAAGUUUAGCGAGAUUCUCAAGAAGUUUUCACAGCCGAAUAGUAGCUAA